UCUGAUUUUUUUUCUACAUUUGUUAUUCUGCUCUGUGCUCAGUCCGUGUUGCAGCCGAGCAAAAUUUAGUUGCAUCUCUCGCUCACUCCUCCUUUUUUAUUUUAAUUUUACUCCGCCGCGGUUUUUAUUUGCGUUGAUUUUUUAUUAUUUCUACCCGGCCAUAAGCGCACUUUCCUGCUAUUAUUCUUUCACUUUCUGCGGGAACGUCCAACCAAGUCCGUGUUUUUUGGGGAAGCAAAUAAACAUUAAACCGAUGGCGAUUUAGGGGAAGGCACUUGAGUCUGAAUCCGAUUGGACCUCAGGUUAAAACAUAGUGGAGGGAAUAAAGAGGCCCUUUGGUUUUCCUCUCGAAUGCUGGUGUGACGGGCCGUGUCCGAGGGCGAGGCCGCGGGUGGAGGUGCCGCCCAGGCUGCACGCGGGCCACGGCGCCGGCGUCCCAGCUGAAGGUUACCCCGUCAGGAGCCCUUUGGCUGACGAGGGACGCAGUGCGCCGGAGUCGACAGCAGCAGCCACCUCCAUCUGUCCUCCUUCGCUCCCUCCACCCCGCUCCACCUGCACGUCGACCCCCACCUGCGGACUGCAGGACAGGCAGCAGCACAGUGACUGCGAGGGCAUGCGGACGGGAGGUCAGUGAGCGGCGAUGCCGGCGGGCGAGCGGACGGCGACGACGCGGGAAUGAGAAAGCGGCUCAAGUGGGAGAAGUGAGCGGAAGUCCGAAGCGCCUGGUGCGAGAGGGCGCCUGCUGCCGCCUGCUGCCGCCGCCGGACGAGGGCCGGACGCUGUCAGUGCGCGCGGCCUUGGAUGGAGGCUGUAUCUCACCCUGACAGCCACAGUGUCACCCGUCCCACACCGCCGGGCUGCAGAGGCCGCGCAUCCUGAGCAGCUCCUCCCACCGGUGCAGGGACGUCGUCCUCCCUCCGGACCCGUUUCUCCCCCCUCCGGGCUCACACCUGGGCCCGCGGCGAGCAGCCGAGCCUCGGCCAUGUUGACGCGAUGAAGCCGUGCCUUGCGGUGGGGAGCCGUCGCCCUUGGUGACGCUCGGCAACAUAUCUGAUCGCGCCAGAACGAUGUCUCCACAGUAGCUUGUGUGUUUUCCUUUUUUUCCUUUUUUCCCCGGGACGGAGCUGGCCUCUGCUCACGACCGAGCCCUCUCUCACCCCACUGAACCUUCAGCUGCCACGUUUCCCAGGAAGAACUACCAGGCGUCCCAAAAAUACACCGAGCGCAAGGACUCGCUGCCGGUUUGCGCUCGGACGCUCUUUUACUUCUGUUUCCCCCGUCCUCAGCCGGGGAUCUGCCUCUGGCAUCGCCGCCAGUCCGCCGCCGCCCCCCGCUGAGCGCCCCUCAUGGCCGUCAGCAUGACCAUGGGCCGGGACACCAAAUGGCUGACCCUGGAGGUGUGCCGCGAGUUCCAGAGGGGCACCUGCUCGCGCUCCGACGCCGAGUGCAAGUUCGCCCACCCGUCGAGGAGCUGCCACGUGGAGAACGGACGAGUCAUCGCCUGCUUCGACUCGCUCAAGGGGCGCUGUGUACGUGAGAAUUGUAAAUACCUGCACCCGCCUCCGCACCUGAAAACUCAGCUGGAGAUUAACGGGAGGAACAACCUGAUCCAGCAGAAGGCCACGGCGGCCAUGUUGGCUCAACAGAUGCAGUUCAUGCUGCCUGGAACGCCGCUGCAGCCCAUAUUUCUCCUCCACCAGACAACAUUCCCAGUGACGCCGUCCCUGGCGACGAGUCCCAGCAUGGCGUUCAGUCCAUAUCUGAGCCACAUGGGCCCAGGCAUGGGCCUGAUGCCGGAGCUGCUGCCCAGCGCUCCCCUGCUGGUCCCUGGGAGUCCCACCAGCCUGGCAGCCAUGGGCAACGGCACCUCCGCGCAGAAGCACGCUCGCACGGACAAGCUGGAGGUCUGCCGGGAGUUCCAGCGCGGCAACUGCACGCGGGGCGAGAGCGACUGCCGCUACGCUCACCCGCUGGAGGCCGGCAUGGUGGACUGCAGCGAGAACUCCGUCAUCGUCUGCAUGGACUACAUCAAGGGCCGCUGCAACCGGGACAAGUGCAAGUACUUCCACCCCCCGGCUCACCUGCAGGCCCGGAUCAAGGCCGCGCAGCACCAGGCCAGCCAGAACCCGGCGCCGGCAGCACUGGCUCUGCCACCAGGGGCCGUGCAGACGCUGACUAAGAGGCCCAUCUUGGAGAAGACUAACGGAGCUGCAGCCCCCGUCUUCAACCCCAGCAUGUUUCACUAUCAGCAGGCGCUGGCUAACAUGCAGCUGCAGCAGCAGGCCUUCAUCCCCACCGUAGACCCUUCGGAGCUCGUGACGUCUGAUCCGGUGGAGCUCCAGUGCAUCCCCAUGGAAACCCACUUCUGUCCCGUCCCCAAACUGCUGGUCGCAGCUCCAGUGGCACUAAACUCAGUAAGCCUUUCCCGAAAUCCCAGUUAAAGUCCCUGAAUCCGCCGCAGUCGUCUCUCUUGAACGCAGCAAACAUGUGCCUCGCAUUCGGCGCACGUGGGGCUAACUGAGUGGAAACGUGCAGCAUUUUGUGAGAGACGAACGAAAACGAGCUGCAGUAGUUCGUGCAAUACAAGCCUGGACGUCUUACUGCUGCUUCACAGCAGCCGCCCUGAUGCAUUUUGACUCGAUCAGGCUGAGCAAUAGUGUUCCUUGUCCUUUAGAGCCAUACAUGCCCACACCUUAAACGUGCAGCACACGUGUGCACACAAACACUAGACGACUAAAAGGCCCUUCAUGGGUUGGAGCCAUCGCAUGAGGCGGCCCAACGCGUUUGCCUGUUCCAAAGUCAGAAACUUAGAGAGGCUCCUUUUGGAAAAACAAAGACCACUCACACUCACAACAGGCCUGGAACUGAUCUACAAACUGUAGAAAGCGUGUUUCAUAUCACGUCAUGUUCAUGUUCAGGUUCAAGAGGUUGUACCGUGUACCGGACGUUUGUAACAUUCAUGUUAAACAAUGUAAACCAUUCAUUUUGUUCCCAUGGUCUCAUCUGAUGAAUGCCACUUGGUUUUCAUUUGUUUGUGCCUUUGAUUUAUGUGUUUAGCUGCGAAGGAGACGUUUUUUCCCAAAAUAUUUCAAAUUAUCACUAAACAGCGUGAACAUUGUUGGCAUUUGUAAAAGAACACAGUGUCUGCUGCAGAUCUACCAUGCAUUAAUCUAUAGUUCCUGUUGUGAAACAAUAUAAUAUUUACACGAUCGCCACUUAAAAUUGCGUAACUGCUAAGUGAUAAUAGCACAAACGUGAUAUUACUCUUCACAUAAUUCAACAACUUCAGUUGUUAGAAUCAGAAAACUAGAAAUCAACAAAAAUGCAGAUGUUUAGUUGUUUAGUUGUUUGGCUAUAACUAAUUCUUAGUUCAUCUUCAUUAAUAUGUUAUUUGGUGUGAUCUGACCUUUACCAAAACCACAAAUAUAAGUAGAUUAAAUGUUUUAUUGAAAACAUAUACAUCAAAGAGUUUCUUAAUACCUGGUUGAACUGCCUUUGGCAGCGAUGACCUUUGGAUGGAUGUUCAAGCAGGAAUUAAAAAAACUGCUUCACUUUUUCUAUGAUGACAUUUAAUAAAUGUUGGUGUAGUAUCAGAUGAAGACAAAUGUUCAAUUGGUUUUGAAAUAUUAUAUGUUUGUUGAUAUUUGUGACAUUGUUGAAGAUCAGAUCGUGUCACUGUGUAACUUGAGUUAUAAUUUUUUCAUUUCAAUGAUUAGUUGUCUAAUGACUAAAAAAUAAGAUUGUCAACAGGAUAUAAAACAUUAACAUGUACAAGCACAGUCACAUUAUUUAAAUGAUCAGUCUUUGUGUCAGCCAUAUACACAGACUUUGUGUUUGACCUAUGAAAUCAUGCAAAAAGGAUAUUUGUGAAUGGAAGAUGAAAGAUUACAGCCUUUUAUAAUCCUAAUUGGCAUUUUUAACCUUUUUCAGCUGAUGUCAGAUGGAAGCUGGGUUUGUUUCCUAAUAUCGUGCCUAAAGUCAGUGGUGGUAUAUGCAAGAAUCUGCCCCAUUUAAUGCAAUACCCAAAUAAUUGCUCUCAUUGAAUACGUGACUCUCACAUGCAGAGAUGUGCUUUAAAACAGCAGCUGGCUUGUCUCCUCGUCGUUGUCUCCUCCCGUGCAGCUUUUGGGUUGAAGAAGUGGCACAACAUCUUUAUGUUUUACGGCUCUUCAGGGAGAAAGCUCAGAACUUGAAAAUGUCCCGUUUCACCUACAAAUGUGUCGUGUUUUCUACUGAUAUUUCAUUUUUUUGUCAUUUUUUAGCUUCAGCCAUGCCGGUCAGAGCCGGAGCCUGGCUGAGGUAAAGCCAAGAAAGUCUGUUGGUGAAAAAAGUACAAGGCAGUUGGAUUUUUGGUGAUCAGAUGUCUGUGAGCAGCUGCUUUACAGGCGCGUAAAUAACGCGACUGCUCGGGAAAGUGGGCUGAAAUCACGGUUUGUCCAAAUUCAAAUGUGCCUCUUUCACAUCUCCUCAAACCAACGCUGUUACAACACCGCACCAACAGACCAGGGCCCAAACAUACGCGUUAUUUGGGGGAAUCUCAUCUGUAGUAGCCUCUUCUUUUAGGCAGCUGCGCUGUCGAACUGUUGUGAAGUCCUGUUCGUACCAGAAAACAGCGAGUCCCAUGAAUGAGCUGCAUAAAUACAAACAUACAUGCUGCAGAUGUUACAGCGUUUCCCACUGAACGUUGCUCAUUUGAAAAUAAUCUAAUUGUGAAGUGAAUGUAUCUAAUGCAAAAACUCCGCCGUGUCCUAGACGACGGUCUGUUGACGUGUUGACGCGUGUUCAUUCACUGGCUCUGGGCCGUUUGAGGCCCCAUGGGUUCCAUCCUGACAUGUGUUAAAACAAACUGUGUGUGUUGUUGAUUCCAUUAUAGUGGGUGGUGUUACGAAUCUUUUACUGAUGAAAGGUGAAAGGACACUUGUACAAUAGCACCUGGCACAUGUGUCGGGUUGGACCCCAACACAAACCGGUCAGAAUUAUAAGCAUUUGGCACCAUAGAGGGAAAGAGUCCGUUCUACGUUUUCCACAUUUUUCCUCCCUACAUGUUAUGGGUUGAUCAGUUCUACUCUUUACUACAGUUCUAGAGCACCCUGCUGUAAUAUAGAGGAGCUGCACUGUUGUCCCUCACUGGCGUCUUAGCCAUUUAGUAGAAGCGCCAACAUUUGUUGAUCUGUUGAUCGUCUUGUUAUGGACGUGUACCUUAAGGGUGUGUGACAGCUGGAUACAUACAUAUCUACAGAUAGCAGAUGUCAGGGAAGGGUAAACCGCUAUCAUUUGUUCUUUUACUCUUAACACUGUGAUCGACAAAAACAAGUCAACAUCCCACCAGAAUUUCUGCUUAUAGAUUCUCGGACGACCACAGUCGUUAUCACAUAUCUUGGAGUUUUGUCCAGAGCCCAGGUCCAAUAUUGUUGGAAAAGAGAUGAUUUUAUUAACAAUCUCCAUUGUUAGAGAGGGACCAGAGGAAAUGUCUUAAGUAAACGUACUACACGGCUGAAUGAGCCUGAUCCAAGUCAGCUGACUCCUGGUUCAAACGUAAUUUUUAUGUGAUAUGAGAGAACAAUGUGAUGUCAAACUUCCUAUCUAUCUGUUAGAAAAGAAAGCAAAUAAGUAUAUUUCCCAAACUGAUAAAAUAGUUGUUUAAUGAAAGCCUUAGGUUGCAUCCAUUCACGUUGCCUCCUGUAUUUAGUUCCAUUCUCUUCUCUCUGGUUGAAGAAUUUCACCAUGAAUGUUCCUUCAGUAUUUGAAGACGUUGGUGAUGAGAAUGUUCAGAUGUCAGCUUCUAAACAUUAGCUCCAGCUGUAAAAGGUUCGUCCCCCAGUCUUCGUCCCCAUCACGUCAUUAUGCCUUCAUUAGUGUUCAGUCGGAAAAAGAAACUUGAUUAACAUAUUGUGCCUCUUGAGGGCAAUGUUUAGGUCCAGGCCGCAUUGACGUGUAGAGGAUCUGCAGCGUGGCAUCAGAAAUCUGACUUUCUACUGUUCCCAUUCUCUUGUACCUGAUUUCCUUUGGGCCUUACUCUACUUUCUCCCUACAGCCAUGAGUCAUAACUGUGGAAUAUGCAAAACGUUCUGAUCAUUGUGUCCAGUGGCCAGAUCCUUUAGCAUGUGGACAAUUCAAAUGGCCCUGAGUGUACUUUGGUUUUCCUGGGCACAAACAAAGGGACCUAUUUCUCAGUCACUGUAUAAAGAUGUGAUACCUGUGUAUGAAAAUGACAUGUGUUAAUGGUAAAUUAAGUUUUUUUUAAUCUGACUUGAAAAAAACACAGCAUGAAAAUAAAAAGCUCAUUUAUACAUAGUUAAUAGUUUGUGUAGACCAACAAAUAAAUAUAUAUAAUAUGAAAAUGAUUUGUAUACAAUGAUGGAGUCAUUGUUAAUGUAAUAGUUGUUGUUGCUACGGCAACAGAAUUACAACAUGGCUACCUUUCUAUUAUCAUAAUUGUGGUUUUUCUUUUUCGAAUGAAUUAAAACAAAUAAAAAUAACAAACACCAACUUAUUCAAAAGGUAAUGUCUAAAUAGUUUGUCUUGUUACUGCUGUGAUUAAAUAUUUUGUAUGGAAGAUUUAAGUCAUCGUAAUAUCCAAAGGUCCUUAGGGGAGAUCAGGUGUUAAUUUAGUUUGUUUGACCUUUGUUUGUUCUUCUUUCUAAUUGUGUUUUCAAGAAAUAAGAAUGGACUCUUAAAGAAAACACCUUUCUGUCAAGGAGGUCAAGAGGCUUCUGGACUGACGGCAAGAUCUUCAGCUUCUUCUGUAAAAUGGAACUAGCUGAUAAUCCUCACUGUUCACCUUCUGCCUGCAGUCUGGACGGGCCUCGCUGAGUGGCUUCAGUACAGAGUUGUGUGUUUUGUUACAUUGCAGACGUGGUCCAGAAGCCUCUUCCCGCCCAGCUGUGCUGGGUCACAUCGACCUUUACUGAGGUGUAAACGAAUGUGUGACGUUCACCUUGUUUGCACUUAUGUACAUAACUAUGUCAAAAUACUCAAAAUUUAUUUUGAAUAAAUAUAGAUAAAAGAAUUGAUUAAAAAUCACAUCAGCGGAUUGUUAAUGAUAUGUCUAUUAUUUUAUUAUAGUAAAAGGUGCUUUGAGGGAUCGAUCCUAUGUUUCUUUGUUUGCAGGAGUCCUGUAACUUCACUUAGCUGUAAAUCAUGUAAAUCAUCAGUCGUUCGCUUAAGAGCUGCUUUCUAAGUUUGUUUACUGUGACAUUUUUGUUCAGUAUUAACAGACUCUGAGGUCAACGACUAGAGUAGGCGGAUUAUAAAAAAUACACUCAUAUAUAUAUAUAUAUAUAUAUAUAUAUAUGUAAGGAACCAGAAUUAACCUUGUCCUUUCAUGCUCAUCAUGAAUACACAAAUGAAGGCGCAGUCUCUCUAGUAAUGCACCAAACUAAGGAAUAGACGAGACUAGCUCCACCUCUGGGCUGAAAAACAGGCAGGGAAAUGCAGUAGCAUUGAUGAAGUUAGAUUAGAAACAUGCUAUUAAAACAAAUAAAACAAAUUUCCCCAGGAUUUAAAUCAAAUUGAUCAACAAGCAGAUUUUCUGAUUUUAUUCAUGCAAAAGUGAAACAACUGUGUUUCUGCAGAUUUGAGCAUGCGAUGCUCAUCGACUGCUCUUAAACCCAGCGAUUUUGUUGCCAUGGCAUUUGUCCUAGAGUUGGAUUGACUGAGUCAUCCUGGUGAAUCGAUUCACAGCCCUCUGACUGUUAAAUAUUUACUUUAAAGCAUCUGUGCAGAGAGAUGUGUCUCCGAAGGACUUGUACCCUGAACUCACCAACACUUCACCAGCUCUCAUUAUCUCUGUUGCUCUAUAAACAUACAUGUGGAAUCAUUUUAACGUUGUGUUUUGACUUGUUCAUUACUGAUAUCAAUGUUUUUAAACUGUUGAGUUGAAUUGUGCCUUUAUCAUACAAAAUGUAUUAUUUUCAUUUACAUUCCACCGUUAAAUUUUGCAUGAGUGGAUUGUGUUUAAAAUGUAUUUUAUUCUUUUAAAUCUUUUGUUGGUGAGUUGACAUACAGAUGGGUACAGUCAGACUGAAUGGCCCCCAGGUGACGAGGGCCAAAGACUGUUUGAGGACUAAGCCAUAUGAAAACUCUCUGAAAGUACUGAAGUAGUGAAGGUAAUUGCUGAUUCUUCACCGCCUGUCGUUUCACUUUGUUUUCUGCUUGUGGUGCUUGUAUGUGCUGCUGUGCUACAUGCCAACCUAUUUUGCAGUGUGUAGCUAUUAAGAGUAUGUUACUGUGCCUAUGACAAGUUUUGCGAUUUCUGUUUUCCCUGAAAUAAAACACAUAAUUAAGA